AUGAGGAGCCGAGGCUGGGGAGACGCUCCACAAACGCCGCUGUAAAUAAAUACAACAAUCACUGAGGCCGGAGAAACAUGGAGAACCAGUGCACAGUGCAGGUGAAGCUAGAGUUGGGCCACAGAGCCCAGCUAAGGAAGAAAGUGACAUCAGAAGGUUUCACCCACGACUGGAUGGUGUUUGUCCGAGGGCCAGAGACCGGCGACAUCCAGCACUUUGUAGAGAAGGUCGUCUUCCGCUUGCAUGACAGCUUCCCCAAACCCAAGAGAGUAUGCAAGGAGCCUCCAUACAAAGUGGAGGAGUCGGGCUACGCAGGCUUCCUCAUGCCCAUUGAGGUUUACUUCAAGAACAAGGAGGAGCCAAAAAAGGUGUGUUUCAACUAUGACCUGUUCCUUAACUUGGAGGGCAACCCCCCGGUCAACCACCUACGCUGUGAGAAGCUCACCUUCAACAACCCCACCAAAGAAUUCAGGAGAAAGCUGAUCAAAGCUGGAGGGGUAUUGGUGGUUCCAGAGGGGGCUGAAGCUGUAUCCAGACCCAGUCCGGAUUACCCAAUACUUCCCACCAUCCCCCUCUCUGCCUUUUCAGACCCCAAAAAGACCAAGACCUCUCAUGUGUCAAAGGAACCCAGCAAAGAAGGAAGUGGUGGCAGCAGCAAAGGACCCAAACCGCACAAGCUGACCAAGGAGCAUCGCGAGCGGCCCCGAAAAGACUCUGAGAGCAAAGCCUCAUCGAAAGGAGACAACGACAGAGACGGAAGUAGCAAGAGUGGCCGCGAUCCUUCCUCUUCCUCAUCCUCGUCUUCAAAAAAACCGCCAGAGAUUAAAGUGAAAGAUGAAGUAAAGGUCCUACCCAAGGCUGCAUUCAAGGAGCCCAAACUCACCCUGAAGGAGUCAAAGAUGGAGGGUAUGUCCCCUAAAGGAGGGGGGGCUGGGAGCGGAGGGGGUGGUGGGGGAGGAGGUGGGGGAGGGCCGGCAGAGUCCAAAGCUCCAGGGAAGCGGCCGUCCACUGUGGAGUCUCCCAAACCCAGUGCGAAGAAGCAGAAAAAGGGCAGCUCUGAGGGGCCGAAGGGGCCGGCAGGCGGCGCCUUCACAGGAACUUCUCCUCGUGUCUCCUCCUCGUCUGCAGCCAGUCAGCCCUACGCCGAGAAGAAACCUCCCAAGGAAAAAGGACGCUGGGCCAAAGGCAAAAAUGACACACAGGAGCUGAAGGAGCCCAAGAAACUUCCAGAGUCGGAAGAGUCGAAUUCAGAGGAUGAAGCAUCUUCAAAGUCAGAGCAGUCGGCCGCCUCCAGUCUUUCCAACUCCAGUUCCAGUUCUGACUCCAGUUCAGACUCAGACUUUGAGCCAGGACAGAAACAAGGACAAGGCCCCCUACGGUCCAUGGUGGAGGAGAUCCAGUCAGAAGAAUCUGAUGAUGACGACAGCAGCUCGGAGGAGGAGACCCCCAUCAAGACCAACCCCCCAAACCGCGACUCUCGACUCAGCCUGGACAGCGAGAGUGACAGCAGUGACGGCUCGCACCGCCCCAGUCGAGACCCUGCGCCGCCCCCACAGAAACACAGCUCCUCCAAUAACAAAGUGUCGGGCAGAAAGAGUCCAGAUUCCUCGUUUCGAUCAGAGAAGGUGUUGAAGAAGGGAUACGACAAGGUAGGAAGGGCCUACACAGAAGAACUGGUGGACCUCCAUCGCAGACUGAUGGCUUUAAGAGAGCGUAACGUCCUACAGCAGAUUGUCAACCUGAUCGAGGAGACGGGCCACUUCAACGUCACCAACACCACCUUUGACUUUGACCUCUUUUCACUGGACGAGUCCACCGUCCGCAAACUACAGAGCUACCUGGAGGCGACGGCCACGUGACAGGAAGUGGAAACUGGCGUGUGGAUGGCGGCGGCGGCGGACGUAGACUCGCCACCACUCCUCCUCUUUGAGGAGGCGACGAGCAGCUACAUCUGUCGCAGCUGUUUCACAGGCCUGGCUGCUGAACCAUCGAACAACUACCACACAAACAGAAACACACGAACAAACACAAGCACACAUGAAGAUACACCAACUUCACUUGACGCUGAGGAGGGAGGAGGAGGAGGAGGAUCAGGAGGCGUGGGAGGGAGCACCGUAGUAGCUGAUCUCCGUCUACAGUCAGGAUUUUCACUACACAUCUCUUUUUUUGAGUCUGUGCAGAGCUGUGGAAUGCACCCACCCCAAACCCCCCACCCCCACCCUCCUGCCCUCAGUGCUCCCGCCUUUGCAAAUCCAAUUCUCCUCCUCCUCUCUCUCCUCCUCCUCCUCCUCCUUCACACGCACACUCCUUACUCGGCAGAACACUCCAGUUCCCUUCCCCCUGCUGUCAGCUGGAGCUCAUUUCUCUCCCAAUAUACACUCAAGUUGUUUGUGUGUGUGCGUGUGCGUGCGUGCGUGUGUGUGUGCGUGCGUGCAUGCGAGCGCUGCUGAGGUUUAAGAGGAGAUGUUGUCUUUGUGGUUACUGACUUCUCUUUGUUCGUGGAGCUCGAGCACAAACAACAGCUGGUUUCCCUCCUUCCCCUGAACACACACGCCAAACAUAUAUAUCCAGGUAGCACUUCACUUUAACCCCCCCAUUUAGCAUUUAUAAGCACCAUAUUAACUUUAAAUAAAUGGUUUAUAACACACUGUAGUGUAAUUGUAAUACCAUUAAAGAUGAACAUCAGUCAAAUACUCACACUUUCUUGUUUCAGGGUCCUGUAAGCUGCCAAAAUGAAUUUUCUUUUCGUCUCCCUGAGCUGCUCAUCGGCUGUGACAGCAGUAAUUCUUGGAUGCUGAACAGAUGUUCUCCUCGGUUUGAUGCUCAGUUUAUGAUAAUGCGAUACUGAUAAAAUGAUGGAAUCUUCACAUGGAAGCAUGAAAUUAAUGCUUGAAAAUUUACUUAAAUGAAUGAUCAAGAUAGUUGCCACUUAGUUUUAUGUCGAUCAACUUAUGGUGGAGGUUCGAGUAAUAAUAUAAAAGAAAUUAUAAUUAUAAUUACUGGCAGAUAAAUUUGUCCUUAUAGCUGCAAACAACUACAUUCUAGUGUGUUUAUUGUAUGUUCAGUGCUUUUAAUUAUACAAACGGGGUGUUAAAGUAAAGUGCUAGCCAGAUUCAUCCACAUUUGUCUCCCAGGUCCUUAUACGUAACACUGUACACGAAGACACUGAGAUAUGUGUGUGUGUGUGUGAGAGAAUGUGAGGCUGUUUUGGAUGAGGUUUCUCUGUUGUCUGAACAUCUGAAAACAUAUGUUCUAUUGAGUUUCCCCCUCUACUUCCUCGCACUGAAAGCUGAGCCUUGACCUCCUACCAAAAGCCCCCCCACCCCACUGAAGCCCCCUCACUCCAUCCCUCCUCUUCACCACCCUCCUCCUCCUCCUCCCUUAUUCCCAUAUCGGCGUGCAUGAAAGGGCUCGACUGCUCGCGGCCAGAGCAGUGGAGGAUCACUCCUGAAUUGCCUUUUAAGUGGUGGGUGGGGAAGGGAGGGGGGUGUAUUUAAAAAAAAAAAAAAAAGCCGUGAAAAAGUAGCCAUACUUGUCUCCCACAAUCCAAAAAUAAGAAAAAUAAAAUAGGGGCCACGCUUUUUUACAUUUUAUUUUUCUACAAGUGCAUUUUGUGUAUUUAUUCCCAGACUGCGGUUAAGAUAACCUGUGAGCUAUGAAUGUAUAUCGCUUUUACUUUUCUACGGCUAGCAACAGCCCCACUCUAGUGCCUUUUUCUGCGAAUUGCAGUGUGAGGGGGGGGAUGUGUGCUCUGUUAGCCAUGGUCUCGCAGAUUGAAACCCCCCUCAACCCCCACCCCCCCCCAAAAAAAAUACCCCCAUUGGGGAAACAAGUGUUAAGUGGGAUGCCUGAAUAUCCAGUAUUGUCUUAAUGGCUUUCAUCCCUGCUUCUCCUUUUCCAGUGUCUCUGUUGGCUGUUGUCCUUUAUAUCAGUGAUAUUUCUGUUAAUCGAGCCCUCUAGAAAUUUUAAGAUGGCUAUUUUCCAUGGAUGGUGGUCAUGUUUUUAUGUUCUUGCUUUCUGAGAUUAGAUUCAGUGUUCUUCAGAGGAAGCGUCAGGUGACCGUGUGGUAGUUACUUGCAUUAAUUAGCUCUAGUUACAGUUGCUUUCAGCUGUGUUGUGUGUUUUGUGAGACGGUUGUCAUUGAAUAGGGUCGGGGGUUCCCUCUUCAAGCGGUUUGAAGUAUUUAAACUAAUGGUGGAGCGUUUGAUACCAAGUUAGCAGCACUUGAGCAGCAUUGACAAAGGACAUGUUGGCAGAAAUAUAAGCUAAGCAAAGCACUCCUUGUGUUUUCUUUCCCUAACUAUUUGAAAUGUAUUUCUCAGGGGUCUGCAUCAUGGAGCAAGAUUAGUGGUUAGUAGGACGGAAAACGUAAACCCAGGCUGACCGGUCUCAUAAAACUGGCUCACUUUAACCAAGUAAUAAACCCACAGAAGUGUCACUUUACAGGAUUAGAUCAAAAGCUAUAAAGGACCAGUAGUAAUGAGCACAAAUCAACACUGUGACACUUGGUCUCACAUGCUAACUACUGUAUAUCAGACAUUUAAGAAAUGUUUGCACCACAACCUGUUACCGACCAUUUAGUGAACACAGUAAUUUCAUAGACUCAGCGACAGUGAUCAUACAUCAUACUAAUCAAUAAGUCAACUAAUAUCUGCAGCUUAACUAUAUUAUAAUACCCACUCUUACACAUUCACUGUUAUUUUUAGCAUCAUUGAUCAUAUGUUUCCUUGAUGUUUACCAUGUUUUAUCUUCUUUUUAAGUCUGAAUUUCACUUUCUGCUGCUGAAACGAUCUGAUUUCCCCACAGUGAUUUAUUUUGCCCUAAUUGCGCUGCUUUUGAUCCGUUGAUGCGACCUAUGAUUGGCUCCUCGUUACACUUCCUUUAUGUAAACAACCUUGUGUGUGCGUAAAUUGUGGGUCAGCAGUGCCAGGAUACAGUUUUGUGAGACUGGUUGCCAGAAUUGUGAACUUGCUCUGUGAUUCAGACCCCUGGUGUGUUAGUUCCUGUGGCCCCUUUAGGCUUCACACAGACACAGACACACACACACACACACACACAGACACACACACACACACACACACACACACACACACACACACACACACACACACACCAACACCAACCCACUGUGGUCCAGACCUUCAAUGAACGCCUCCCCUCCUCCUCUUCAGUUCUCUUCCUGCCGACAGUGUUUUUAUUCUGACGCUUCGAUAGCUUUAAUACUUCGCUCUCUUCUUCUGUUGCCUGCCUGGCUCAGCGACAUGUACACACUCCCUCUGCCCAAACUCUAAACACUGUCUGAGCGCGGAAUAUAACAGAAAAGAAAACCUGGAUCCCUGCCACCUUAUGUGCCCUGCAGUAACCCCCACCCUCACCCCUCCUCCUGCCCUCACUUCUUCCCCUUCAUAUUCUCUAGGUGUGCCUCUGGCAACAGAACUUCAGGCCAUGAUAUCUGAGACUGAACUUUGAAACUGUGUGAGUGACAUUUGUGCAACUGCGAGUGUGUUUGUCAGCGAUAGGAGAGAAUUUAAAAAAAAAAAAAAAAAAAACCCAACAACAAUAACUUUCCUUCCUGUCCUUUUUCUCCUUGCAUCGAUGUGGGAACUUUUAAGUCCUAGUUCAUGAACUCUGACCUUUGACCAGGCACUCAUUCAGUCCCUUGUGGUGAUGGAGAGGGGGGGAGUUAACAUGGGGACUCGAGCGAAGACCCACUGUCUACCCACAGUCAAUGUUUUAUUUAUGGACCUCUGCACUUUUGGCUGUGAUGACUUCAGUACUUAAGUAGUUACCUGAACUGUAUUUUUAAGGAUUUUAUACAAUAUUUACAUGCAAUACAAUAUGAAUUGAUUUUUUUUCUUUGCCAACCCUUUUUUUUGUUUGUUUCUUAUUUAAUUGUCUUUAUUUCAGCAUGUUUGGUCACUAUUAUUCACAAACAAACAUGCCCGUUGAAUUUAUUUUAGGCGUAAAAUGUUGUUAUGGGGAUGUUCCCUGUAUGUUUUUGUGUAUUAUGAUUCUGAUGACAGCUGAACACCAAGAAGCAGGUGUUGGAAAAUGUUUGCUGGAUGAGCUAAACUUUGCUAUCACCCUCUGCUUCCAGUACAAAUUACUGGACCAGAACGAGGACAUGAGGAGUCCACACUUCGGUUCAGGGAACUGAAAACUGUUGAGCUAAAAAAAAAUUUAUUUUCUGUGUCAUGUCCGGUUAUGUUUUCGUUUUGUUUUUGUUCUUUUUUUUCUACUCAUUAAUAGAAGUCUGUACCCAAACAAAAACUGUCAUCUUCACAUAAUUUUACUGUGUAAUGAUAACAUGAGCCUGAAGAAACACAUCAGUAGGAAAAGAUAGAGUUGUGAAGUUGUGGGGAGCUGUUUUGAGCCAUUCAGUUUUCUCACGUACAACGUUACGUUGACUCACAGUUGCAGCACUUUUACAGUUUGGAUCUGCAUAAAACUGAAAGCCAAAGUCAUGACUUCCUUUAACUCGGUGCAGUCUCUCAGCAUUUCUUUCACCAGUCCUUCUGAAAAAAGGACACGUGUCCCUGGAGUUUACUCUCCACAUUAUCUUGCAGUAGCUAUAAAGAAUUGAAACCUUAGUGUUAAACAAGUUAAGCAGUUACUUUUAGAGCAGAGAAAAAAAAGUCCAAACCCAGAAAACUCAGCAACGCUCUCUUCUAAAGUAAAUCUUCAUAAACUGUAAAACCUUCAGUGUUCAGUUCUCUGUGCCCUGCUGUUAUUACAGACACAUAACAAGCCAUGACCCCACAAAUGUCUAGGGCUUGUGGGGAAUUGUGUUCAGUGAAGGCCUCAAAACAAACAAAAUAAUACAUUAAUAAACAAUGGUACAAUGGUAACUACAUCUAAACAUAUGAAAGAAGCCACUCAACACACUGCUGAGAAAGGCUCUGUUCCAAGGCUGGAUUUUUAGUAAUUAGCGUAAUUAAAAAUGUCAGUGGGAUUUUGAAUGAAGUGUUUGUUGCUGGAACACAACAGAAGUUCCAGUUUCCUUUAGGCUCUCUGUUACCAACUGAGUUAGAAAUUAUAUGAUUCAUUAACUACAACUCCCAAGAGGCACUUUGGCAAAAUUCUGCAGAUUAAAUCGGUUCAGAUUUCAGUUUUCGGUCACUUCUGUAUGAAUUCAGCGACGAUGGUGUCGCGUUUUGUGAACAGCUGCGAUAACGAAUUGUUUUGAAUUCACGUCUGUUCUGACUUCCACCUGUGACUGGCUUUUUCUCCAUGGCAACAGCAGCUGAGGCUCAUGGGUGUUUAAGUAUUUUAGAGCUGUCCACUUUUCCAAAAUGAUGGAUAAAACAUGAUUUCUUGAUAACUGAUUUUGAAAUAAUUGAAAAUGGUAGUCAUAACUUAAACCUAAAUGCUAGUUAGAUUAUCCAGGAGAUUCCUGUUUUUAUGUUACGCAACACUGAGGAUGUAAAUGAAAGUAAAAAUUGAAAAUUUGAACACAGAAUGGAGGAAAACACUUCUUUCCACUUUGCAACUCUAUGAGCAGAUCUGUGGGAGUGGAGCAUUUCAGCUACAACUAUAUUAUAUAUAAUAAGUGUAUAAUACAGCAAAGGUAGAAUAUCUACUGUGUGGAUCUUAAGAGGAUGAGGAAAAAGCAAAAAUAUAGAGCAAAUGGUUCAUUGCGAAUAUGUGGAGGGGGGUGGGAGGGGGCAUGUGCAGACGGGGUGUUUCCUGUGUCAGUGGUCGUUAUAAUUUGUCUGUGACAAGGGGACAAGUUUGCCUGUAUUUAUAAAGGUUUGAUUUUUUUUUUUUUUUUUUUAC